GUAAACAGACUAGCACAUGGACUGCCGUGGUGUCGCCAAACUCUAACAUAAGUGUUAUGCCUUUAACCAUCUACAUAUCAUGUAUCUCAAGAUUCCUUUGUUUUCCCAGCUUUACUAGUUUGAACGCUGACACACCGACCAACCGGGCACAUAUCCACUAGCGUAUCAAAUCUCAAGAUGUCAAAUGAAGAUGACCUCUUCCGAACGCUUAGUCGCAAGAAGAGUCCAAGGACUUCAAGGAGAACAACCUUCCAGGAUGAAUUGGAAGAAGCUGUCUCUGCAAGAGCAAAGAGAAACGACACGGAAAGCCAUACUUAUUCAGAUGACUUUGAAGAGGAUGAUAUACUCACAGAAAUACUCAACCGGCGAAAGAAAAAGUUGGACACAUUUCGAAAAGGGAAGAAGCAAGGCAAGGUUCAGGAUUUUCAGCUGUCAGAUGAAGAGGAAAAUGCCAAGCCUAAGAGGGUAUCAUUCUUAAAAUCUCAAAAGACACGGCCUCCUAUAGAGGGGUGUAAUGCUCAAAAGAAUGAAACUGAUAAGCCGGAAUCUGUGAACAGCAUCCACAGUGCACAGAGUGAAUCCUCACAACCAAUAAGCACAUCUGGCCAUUCCACUCUGACAUCAAAAUUUGAAGACAGCCCAUCUGACUCACCACAGCUCUGGCAAGCUCUGGCAGACACUUCUCUGUCCAGGAGGGGCCGGUCAGAAGGCUCCGUGGAGACAAAGGAUUCACCCCAGUCGAAGCAAUUGCAUACAACACAAACCCCAGAAGACAUUUUGUCCCAGAAUGAUAGAGCCGUUUCAUCAGCACUAACUUCAUCCAACUCUGAAAGCAGACAGAGGAGCUCGCUGUCACCCCAGUUAUCUGAAGAAGGGCAGAGGCUGCCCUCGCCAGAGGAUAGUAAACGUGACCACAUAAUCACCUCACAGCAAAAGACUCCACCCCUUCCACACCCAAGAGAGCGAGGUGUGACAGAGAGCUCCACAGCAGUGUCUAUCAGUGGAGAUGGGCCUCCGAAGCCCAGGCCACGCCAAAGGAUGCUCAGGGCAGGCAGUCCAGUUGAAGAGAAGCCAGCAGCAGAGCCCCCUGUGGAGUCUUCUCUCUCCUCAUCCGUACCUGUUCCACAGUCUGCGAUGAAGAGGACUGAAACGUCGUCUUCCUCUUCAGGGAACAGAAGCUCAUUGAGCCACAGUACUCAGGUUAUGAAAGGAGACUCUUCAGGAUCUGUGAAGCAUAGCAGGAGCUCCUCAGCAAUUGGUGAUGGAAUGUCCUUACAGAAAUCUACAGAAGACUCUCUAUGCAAUAAUGAUUUGGUUGAGCCAGACAACUACAGAACAGGAGCAUGCUCUGCAGAAAAUGGAGAGUCUGAAGAUCGUCCAGAUGGUGCUACAAGCAGACAAAGCAGUGCCCUGGGGAAAACGGUCGUAAUCAGGCCUGCCAGUGCUCAGGCGACAGGUUCUAGGAGGUGUGGCAGAAUGAGCUCUUUGAAAGCCACUUCUAAGUACCUUGGUUCUCUGAAGAUUCUGGAUCAGCCAUCGCCAGGGAAUGAGUCCCAGCCAGAAGCUGCUGACUCUCUCAGGGCGGCCAUUUACCAGGAAUGGCUUCAGAAGAAACGAGAGAAAUUGAGCGUAGAGUUGCAAGCCAAAAGGCACGAGGAGAAGCUAAAGGAGGAAAAAACAAAAGAGGAGGAGCUCACCAAAAGAGAGGUUGCUAAGGCCUCUUACGAGGCAUGGAAGGAAAAAAAGAAGGAAACAAUCAAACUGAAGAUCAAAGAAAAACAAGAGGCCACACGGAAGCAGGAAAGAGAAAUGAGUGAAAAAGAAGAAAAGAAAGAAUCCGCAAAGAAGGCUUUCGAAAAAUGGAAACAAGAGCAAGAUGAGAUCUUAAAAGAUAAGGUUAGAAAGAAAAUGCAGACUGAAAAUCAAUUGAAGCAGAAAAAGGAAGAGGAAAAGGAAUACAGAAAGAAAGAUGCAACCUCUGCAUUCUCAAAAUGGAAUGAGACCAAAAGGGAUGUCAUUCAAGAAAAAAGAAAAACAGAAAGAGAAAAGGAGAAAAUAAAGCAAGAGGAAGAACAGUAUGAGAAGGAGGAGCGGGACCAGAUGGCUCUGGAGAUGUAUGAGAAAUGGAUGAGAAGAAAAGAGUUUCAACAAAAAAGAGAGAAGAAUGAAAAAAGGAUACAAGCCAUUCUUCAGUAUGAGCCUCGUCCUGCCUGGAGCCCCCCAAACAAAACGGUGCCUUCCGGCAGAUGACCCUCCUGAGGUACGGCUGAGUGUGCAGUUAGCCCAAUGCGUCAGACACCUACUUGUUUACAGUAGCAUGUCCUGCGCACACAAUCCUCGUUGCUCACUAGAGAGUCAAUUAAGGUACUAUGAACUUGUGUUGUGUGUGAAAAAUCUUGAUCAUGGCAUAGUUAGUGAUUCCAAAUAAUGUCCUUAUUAAGCAAUGUGUGCAAUGCACUAGGCUAAUGUUCAUUGUCCAUUAAGGCCCACCAUUAAGCAUGCAUAUUGUGAUUUUCUCUCUUGGCAGCUGAAAAGCCUUAUUAAUUAUUAAUGUAUUUUUUUAAACCUUGCUUUUUUAUAGACACAACAAAUAAAGCUGAAGGACUUUGUGAAUGUUCAAAA